GGUUAUCGCUUGCUGGCGCUCUCCUGCGCCCUGCCCUCCCGCCCGACCGAUCCACCGCACCGCUCCACCGCUCCAAAGAAUCUAUUUAACAGUUGUUUUGCCUGCCUCCCAGAGACGACGACGACGACGGCGACAACGCAGAAGAAGAAGCAGCUAAACGAGAAGCAAACGCCAGAAGAUCAAAGCAAGCAACAAUGGGAAUGAUAAGCAGAAAAUUGGCUGGGCUGCUGGUGGCGGUCAUAUUUUUGGCAGCCACCGAGGCCAACUCCAUACCCACGACGCUAACGACGCCACAGGGCGUCUUUGAGACCCGAACGGACAAGGUGCCCAGCCUGAGCGGCACUGGUACUGGAGCUCUGCAAGGUGGUGGAUCCUAUGACGACAUCGACACCUUCGUCCCAUUCCGGAGCGACUCACACGAUCCCUUCUCGUGGCAUCUGCUCAAGACCGUGCUCCAAGACGGUUCAACGGCUGGAAAGAAUGUCAUCCUAUCGCCGUUCUCCGUCAAGUUGGUGCUGGCUCUGCUGGCCGAGGCCGCCGGUGCCGGAACCCAAACCCAACGGGAACUGGCCAACACGCAGACCGAUAUCCGGUCGCAGAACAAUGUGCGCGAGUUCUACCGCAAAACCCUCAACUCGUUCAAGAAGGAGAACCAGGUCCACGACACGCUCAGCGUGCGCACCAAGCUCUUCACGGACAGCUUCAUCGAGACGCAGCAAAAGUUCACCGCCACCCUGAAGCACUUCUACGACAGCGAGGUGGAGGCUGUGGACUUCACCAAAGCGGAUGCGGCAGCCGCCACCAUCAACAACUGGGCCAAGAACAUAACGGAGGGCCGGCUCCAGCAGAUUGUUACUCCGGACAGCGUCCAAAGCAGCGUGAUGCUGCUCACCAAUCUGAUCUACUUCAACGGCCUGUGGCGGAGACAGUUCGCCUCCACCUUCCAGGGACCCUUUUUCCGGACCAAGGACUCGCAGUCGCGGGCGGAAUACAUGGAGCAGACGGACUUCUUCUACUACACCAACUCGGAGAAGCUGCGGGCACAAAUCCUGCGCCUCCCCUAUAAGGGAAAGAACUCUAUGUUCGUGCUGCUCCCGUAUACCAUCGAUGGUAUUCACGAGCUGGCCCAAACCCUGGAGAACGACGAGCUGAAGGGCGCCCAGUGGGCCAUGGAGGAGGUCAAGGUGAAGGUGACCCUGCCCAAAUUCCACUUUGAAUUCCAGCAGAAUCUAAAGGAGACACUGCGCAGCCUGGGUGUGCGUGAGAUCUUCGAGAAUACUGCAUCCUUGCCGGGAUUAACUCGCGGCGCUGACGUUGCUGGAAAUGUCAAGGUCACUGAUAUCCUCCAGAAGGCCGGCAUCGUGGUAAACGAAAAGGGUACUGAAGCCUACGCUGCCACCGUCGUGGAGAUCGAGAACAAGUUCGGCGGCAGCACCACCAUCGAGGAGUUCAACGUGAAUCGUCCGUUUGUGUUCUUUAUCGAGGAGGAGUCCACCGGCAAUAUAAUGUUUGCCGGCAAAGUCCACAGUCCCGUCAUGCAGUGAACUUAUAAAUAAUAUGCAAUAAAAAUUAGAGACGAAAGUAUAUA